AUGGAGAACAGAGCUUCAAAUAACUCGACUGCGGAGCAGGCCGCCCCUAGCUUUGCGUGGCUUCACAGCACCGAAGCGGCCACAGCAACUGUGUGUCGGAUCGCAUGGAACUACGAUGACACUGAGGGCCGCGAGUUCAGGGCCGAGGUCACUUUCCGCAGCAAGGACGACGUAGUCAAUGAGCUUGAAGACGUCCUGGAUGCCGUGGCCGAGCAUAAGGAGAUCAGGGACGAGGAGUUUGAAGAUGAAGAGGAGCGUUUCCGGGCAAUCGAGGAAUUCACCGACAUCAUCUCCAGAGGCAUCCACUAG